ACUUUACAAUCACUCCUAGUGAUUGAGAUUUUUGUUAUCACCGUUCAAUUAAUAUUAAUUUAAGUGAUUUUCGGUAAAGUAUUAUUAAUUUAAGUAGAUUUACUAUUAUGUUUCAUGGAUACAACUGACUCUAAGGUUGACACUGGUCCAAUCUAUCUUAUAAGAUAAGAUUUCUGGUAUUUUAGUUUGUUUUUUUUUGGUUUGUGACAAUCGAAUAGUGCUUCAUCUCUUAAUUGUCAUUGAUUUUCUCAACAAUUUACUAACUUAUUAACCUGCAUUUUGGUCUAUUAUCGAUCUGAUUCAAGGAAUAAGCUGUUUAAUCAUAUUUGCUUCUCAUCAGGAAAUCAUAGCGAAUUACAAUGAAAUUAAAUGAUUAUUGUCCAUUGGUGAUAUGUUUUUUUAGCCUAUUUCUCAUUGCAAAUGGAGAUCAGUCUACUGGUUCAAUUUUUCCACAAGAUCUUUUAGUCUUUACCGUUGCCACAAAACCAACCGAUGGAUUCCUUCGUCUCAAUCGAUCUUUAAAUCUUUUCGAUCAUCGGUUUGAAGUUCUUGGCUUAAAUGAACCUUGGGUUGGAGGAGAUGUUGCCAGCACAACCGGUGGUGGACAAAAAGUUAACUUGCUCAAAAAAGCUUUAGAAAAAUAUUCAAAGGAACAAAAUUUGAUAAUCUUAUUUGUAGAUAGCUAUGAUGUUAUCAUUAAUGCUAAACGAGAAGAAAUAUUGGAUCGAUUCAAUACACUAGGAGCUAAAGUUGUUUUCUCAGCCGAAGAUUUCUGUUGGCCCGAUCCUUCACUUGCCAAAGAUUACCCAGACAAAGAUAGAGACAAUGUUGGGCAUCGUUAUUUGAACUCUGGGGGCUUCAUUGGAUGGGCUCCUCAAGUUUACGAGAUUGUCUCCAGUUCCGCAAUAAAAGAUACUGACGAUGAUCAACUAUUUUACACAAAAAUUUACCUGAAUAAUGAGCUUAGGACUAAAUGGUCCAUCAAGUUGGAUCAUAAGGCCGUGAUAUUCCAAAAUCUUCAAGGCGCUGUAGGUGAUGUUCAGUUACGGUUCAAUGAAGAUGGCUGGGCUUCCGUGCAUAAUGCAGCAUUUCAAACUGAGCCUGUUGUAAUUCAUGGUAACGGGUUAAGCAAAGUUGUGCUUAAUUCAUUAGGAAAUUAUAUUGCCAAAGCAUGGUCUACUAAGCAUGGUUGCGCCUCUUGUCAAGAUAAUCGUAUAAGUUUGGACGGCUUAAAGCCUGAUGACCUUCCAUCCGUAUUAAUCGGCAUCUUUAUUAUUCAUCCAACCCCAUUCAUCGAGAGUUUCUUUGCCAGGAUUGUUCAAUUAAGCUAUCCUAAAGAAAAGAUUAGUUUGAUAAUUUAUAAUAAAUCUGCUUACCAUGAUAAACAUGUUGCUGAUUUUGUCAAGCACAAUACAAGCGUCUAUCGAAAUGUCUAUGUAUUACCAGAAAGCGUUGACAAGGAUUGGCAAGCUAGAAACUUAGCAUUGGAAGAAUGUGUCAAAAUUAACUGUGAUUAUUAUUUCUCAAUCGACUCAGAUGCACGUCUCAAUAAUACCAAGACUCUGAUAUCUUUAAUUGAGCAAAACAGGCGCAUUAUUGCACCACUGCUCGUCCGUCCUGGUAAACUUUGGUCCAAUUUUUGGGGAGCAUUGUCCUCUGAUGGUUUCUAUUCACGAUCACAUGAUUAUAUUGAAAUUAUCAAGAAUGAGAAAAGAGGCAUUUGGAAUGUACCACACAUAACCGAUUGUUACCUGAUCAAUGGAACCGUAUUGAAGGAAGGUUUAGCUGGAUUAACUGAAUCUGAAUCAGAUGAAGCCAAUAUGGUUGAUGCACCGAUAAACAAGAAAGGAGACACUCCAGAUGAGGUCGGAACAAAGAAAAUUGGAGAAAAGGUCAAAAGUUAUUAUCCAUCUUAUAGGAAUGAUAAAGAUCCUUCCAUGGAUACAGACAUGGCUUUCUCUGCCAGCCUUCGGUCACAAGGAAUUUUCAUUUACGUCUCCAAUAUAGAGGAUUACGGUCAUCUGGUUAAUUCUGAACCUUUUGAAACCAGCCAUUUGCAUAAUGAUUUAUACGAAAUUUACAACAACCAAUAUGAAUGGGCUGAAAAAUAUAUUCAUCCAAAUUAUUCUGCAGUUUUGAAGGAAGACCAUAUAAUUGAACAACCCUGUCCUGAUGUUUACUGGUUUCCAAUUGUCACUCCAACCUUCUGUAAACAUUUGAUUGAAGAGAUGGAAAAUUAUGGCCAAUGGUCAGAUGGAUCAAAUUAUGAUCCAAGGCUUAACGGUGGAUAUGAAAGUGUACCAACGGUUGAUAUCCACACUAAUCAAGUUGGACUCGAGCAACAAUGGCUUUACUUUCUCCGUGAAUAUGUAAGACCAGUCCAGGAGAAAGUAUUUAUUGGCUACUUCCACGAUCCACCCAAAGCAACCAUGAACUUCAUUGUACGAUACAAACCAACUGAACAAGCUUUCCUCAAACCUCACCAUGAUACAUCAACUUAUACCAUUAACAUUGCUCUCAAUCGUGUUGGUAUUGAUUAUGAGGGAGGUGGAUGUCGAUUUGUCCGGUACAAUUGUAGUGUUGUCAGUUUGAGGCAAGGCUGGACUUUGAUGCAUCCCGGUAAACUGACGCACUACCAUGAAGGACUUACAGUUACAAGUGGAACUCGUUAUAUCAUGGUCUCUUUCGUGGACCCUUAAUCAUUAAAAUUUAUAACAAAUGUUUGAUGGAAAGAGAUUUUUAAUCAAUGUUGAAUUGUGGAUUCCUAAAAGACAAUAAUCACCUCUUUGCUUUGGAUAUA